AUGGCCUUCAAGAGUCUCCUCACCGCCGUCUCCCUCGCCGCCGCCCUCACUGGCACCAACGGCAUGUGCUCUGCGCAUUCCGCGUUGACGCGCCGCGUGUCCUGCCCCGACGGCGUCAACACCGCGACGAACGCUGCAUGCUGCCAGCUGUUCGCCGUCCGUCAGGACUUGCAGCAGAACCUCUUCCACGGUGGUCUGUGCACGGCCGAGGCGCACGAGUCGCUCCGGCUGACAUUCCACGACGCGAUCGCGAUCUCGCCCGCGCUGGAGGCGCAAGGCAAGUUCGGUGGUGGAGGCGCAGACGGCUCCAUUUCGAUCUUCCCCGAGAUCGAGACGAAGUUCCACCCUAACGUCGGUCUCGACGAGAUCGUCGCGCUCCAGAAGCCGCUUCAAGCGCGCCACAACUUGUCGCACGCCGACUUCUUGCACUUUGCCGGCGCCCUUGCUGCAUCGAACUGCGCCGGCGCGCCACAGCUAUCCGCAUUCGUCGGCCGCAAGGACGCCACCCAGCCCGCACCCGAUGGCCUCGUCCCCGAACCGUUCCACACCCCCGACCAGAUCUUCGACCGUCUCGCCGACGCGUCCGAGGGCGAGUUCGACCCCAUCCUCACCGUCUGGCUCCUCACCGCGCACACUGUGGCCGCCGCCAACGACGUCGACCCGACGAAGUCGGGACUGCCGUUCGACUCGACCCCCGAGAUCUGGGACACGCAAUUCUUCGUGGAGACGCAGCUGCGCGGGACGCUGUUCCCGGGCAAGGGCGGGAACCAGGGCGAGGUGGAGAGCCCGCUUGCUGGGGAGAUUCGCCUGCAGAGCGACCACACGAUUGCGCGGGACACGCGGACGGCGUGCGAGUGGCAGUCGUUUGUGGACAACCAGCCGAAGGCGCAGCAGAUGUUCCAGUUUGUGUUCCAGGUGUUGACCACUCUCGGGCAGAACCAGGACGACCUCGUUGACUGCACUGAAGUCGUUCCGAUCCCCGCGCCGCCGCAGGGCCACACUCACCUCCCUGCCGGCAUGACCAUGAACGACAUCGAGCAGGCGUGCGCCGAGACUCCCUUCCCCACUCUCCCGGCCGAUCCUGGACCCCGCACCGCUGUCGCCCCCGUGUAA